ACCUUUGCUAUGGCAGAAGAAUAUCAUCGAGAAUCAAUGUUGGUCGAGUGGGAACAGGUGAAGCAACGGAUUCUUCAUACGCUGCUGGCAUCCGGAGAAGAUACUCUGGAUUUCACCCAGGAAAAUGAGCCCAGUUACGUCAGUGAGUUGCCUCCACCAGGUCGCAGUUCCUUGGACAAUACAGAAAUGGCCUACGCCCGACAGAUUUAUAUGUAUAAUGAGAAGAUUGUGAGCGGACAUCUUCAGCCUAAUUUGGUAGACCUUUGUGCUACUGUGGCAGAAUUGGAAGAUAAGAGCAUUGCUGACUUGUGGGCCAUGGUGAAGCACAUGACGGAUGUCCUGCUGGUUCCUGCGAGUGACACAUUGAAAACACGGACCAGCAUGGAGGUGCAAAUGGAGUUUGUGAGGCAGGCCUUACAAUACCUUGAGCAAAGCUACAAGAACUACACCUUGAUGACGGUCUUUGGAAAUUUGCACCAAGCCCAGCUGGGUGGAGUACCUGGAACCUAUCAGUUAGUCCGCAGUUUCUUGAACAUCAAACUCCCAGUGUCUGUUCCGGGGCUGCAGGACGGGGAAGUGGAAGGCCAUCCUGUCUGGGCCAUCAUUUACUAUUGCAUGCGCUGCGGGGAUUUAAUGGCAGCCAUGCAAGUGAUCAACUUAGGUCAGCACCAGCUGGGAGAUUUCAAAACUUGGUUCCAGGAGUACAUGCACAGCAAAGACAAAAGGCUUUCUCCUGCCACCGAGAACAAACUUCGCCUCCAUUACCGACGGGCUCUGAGAAACAACACUGACCCUUACAAAAGAGCUGUAUAUUGUAUCAUAGGCCGGUGCGAUAUUGCCGAUAACCACAGUGAAGUUGCAGAUAAAACGGAAGAUUAUCUUUGGCUGAAGCUGAAUCAAGUAUGCUUUGACGAGAACAGUUCUAGCGCACCCCAAGACAGGCUGACUUUGUCCCAAUUCCAGAAACAACUGCUUGAAGAUUACGGUUAUGCUAUCAGGCACAAUUUGUCCGAGGUCCUCCUUGCCACGAUGAAUAUCUUGUUUACCCAGUACAAGAGGUUGAAAUGUGCCAGCCCAGCCACUCCCGCUCGGCCCACCCGAGUCAUUGAGGACCGAGAUUCGCAACUCCGAUCUCAAGCUCGGGCACUCAUCACCUUUGCCGGGAUGAUCCCCUACAGAACAUCAGGGGACACCAACGCUCGCCUAGUGCAGAUGGAAGUCCUCAUGAACUAGCUGGGCGGGGAAACCAGCUGGCAGUAGAGGUUUCUUUUGUGCACACUUUGGAAGGGUGAUGGUGAUGGGCCUCCCAAUUUAAUUUUUGUUCGUUUUCCUUUCCUUUCCUUUUCUUUUUGUAUGCCUUUUUUUGUCAACUGCAAUAAAUUUCUUUGGAUUUAUG